UGAGAGGCAGGGGAAUGGAGACCCCCACAGCCAGCAGCAGUGGCCCUCAUCACAGCCCUCUGGGAGAUAUGAAAGGAGACAACGCUGUUACUGAGAUCACACCCAAGCGGAUCGGAGAUUGGCCCAAUAUGUACACCUACACCCAGGCCUUGGGAGAAAUGGUGGUGCAGCAGGAGAGCAGGAGCCUAACCAUCGCCAUCAUAAGGCCCUCCAUUGUGGGAGCAACGUGGCAUAAGCCUUUCCCAGGUUGAGUUGAUAAUCUAAAUGGACCUAGCCGAGUCAUUAUUGAGGUAUAUAUAGGGAUGAAGAAAUAACUCUGAAACGUAGUGGAGGAAUAGUAACAGAAUUCUUAGUGCUGGCUUAGCUUCAUUGAUCCAAAAAGGUAAAUGCUACUUUACUAUCAA